AUGCCACUCUCGCCAACUCUCAGUCCUCACAUUACCAAAACAAGCCCCUAUCUUACCGCCCAAGAAACGAUUGAUCAGCUACAAGAUGAUUUCCUCGACCUCGACAUCUCGCUGCCCUCUUCCCGCGGGAAUGAGCGGGCAGGGAAGCGCUCACCUCGGCUCUCAGCUGUCGGUGGUGGCGGUGGAAAGAAAUUAGGGAAGAAGAAGGUCCGGUCGAGGGAAAUCGCCGAGGGAGAAUGCCACCUCUUGAAGCUCCCAGUCGAUCUGCUGCAGGAACUUCUGGCGAGACUUCCGCCUAGAUCCCUGUCAAUCUUGUCCCAGACCUGCAAGGCGCUCAGGGGCGACCUGGAGGACGAGUCGAUAUGGCGCAGGAGCUACGUCCAUCGGUUCCUCGGAUCCGCCAAUCCUGGAGAGGUCCAGGUGCUGGUCCAACCAAGUGGAGAUGAAGGCCGUGGAUGGCGCAAAGAAUCUUUGGCAAGGGAGAUGAUGUUGGAUCGCUGGACCGCCUCGAAAGCGAAUUCGUGCAUGCACCAUCCACCCGUCGGUCUUAUACAUGCCCUGUCGCUCUCGUACCCCCCGCAUGUACCUUCCACGUCCAAGUUGGUCGUCGGGAAGAACCAGACUCCAACCAAGUCUAGUCCAGCGCCCACACCCUCGGACGACUCACCAGGAACGCCCAAAUUGACCCAUCGGCAGAAGUACGAAGCGCUACUCGCGGCUACGACCCGACCGGCGCCCUAUGUGCUCUCUGCUGGUCUAGCUGCUGGCGGAGUAGUACGGAGUGACCCGCUCAACGGAAAGGUCACCAAGGGAUACUGGGGCCCAGGCCGGGAUGCCAACUUCCACCUCCGGCCCCAUCUCGACCAAUUGUCACCUCCGACCGCGGUCCAUCUACCUGCUCGGCGUCAGACGGCGGUCUUAUGGGGCCUGUUGACGGGCACGGUCGUCCAUACGACGAUGGGCAUGAAGUCCCAUGCGUCUCAAGGCGGGCGGGCGAGCUCGACCAACGUCUUUUCGGCGGUGGACGAUGCGCACGAGGGCGAGAUCCGAUGUGUGUGGGCGGAAGAAGGGGAGGAUGCGCAUUGGGUCACGAGUGGGGAAGACGGGCGCGUCAAGUUUUGGCGUGUGACGGCUGCUCAGCCAAGGACUGGACCGGGAAAGAAGGCGGUGAGCGGGGAGACGGCGGGAAGCAUGGAGUGUGUCUUUACUUCCCGCCCGCCUAUCGGACCCCUCGAGAAUCGCUCGGACGCUACUAAGCUGCGGACGACGCAGCGGCCUGACCCGGUCGUGCUCGCUCGGUGUCACGCCGCUACGGGGACGGUGUGCGGGGUCACGGAGGAUGGGGAUUUGCGGGUCUGGUUUGGGGUGGAGGAGGCAAUGACCGAGGUCAGGGUGGAUGUCGGCUCCUCGGAAGAUGGUCCCGUCAAGCGCUUGGAGCUGGACAUGCUUGAUCAGCGGAACGCGGCGCUGCUGGUGCACCAUCACCUCUCAGACGUCGUAUCUCGCUGGGACGUCUGCAUCGACGGUACGGUCAAGCGGACGGACUUUGCUAGUGGGGCAGCCAUCACCGCCCUGCAUGUCGCCCUGCAUCCUUCUGCGCCGAUCGCAACCCCGUCCCCGCCCAACACUGUCGGUACUGACGAUAUACCGCUGCUCUCCCCUACUGCUACGCCGCCCCCCAUAGACCUCAAUAAGCACCAAUUCGGCCGGUACGUCAUCACCGGAGACGAGAACGGUAUCGUUUCCAUCUUCGGCUGGGACACUGUUGGCGACCUGGAGACCAUCCGGCCGAUCCGGUCUUGGGAGGCUGCGAAUCACAAGAUCACCGCUAUCGAUGCUAGCUCCUCUUUGGUAGCUAUAGGCAGCUGCGCAGGCUACAUCAACAUCUACGAUCCCCUAUCUCCCGACCCCACCCCUCUUCGCUCAUUCCACGCCAACCACCUCUCUGUCGCCGACCGCGCUAUAGCCGGCUCGACGCAAUUCGAAGCGCUGUAUUAUACCCCGAACCAGAUCAUCCUGGAGCACGACCUCGUCGUGGCUAGUAUCGGCCGGAAGGUCUUCUACUGGCGCGCCGGAUCGGGAAAGAAGAGAGAGGCAGGGAGUAAAGGGAGAGGAAGGGGUGGGGGGACGACUGGUGGAGGUGGGAGAGCAGUCGAUAUGCGCUCUGCACACCAAGAUGCCGAAGAGGAUCACCUGGCCCUCCGGCAUGAUGUCACGCCCACGCCGAACCGGCUCCAGACGAGGCAGAAUAAUAUGUUGGAGAAUAUGGGGCUGGAGGACCCGGACGACGCUGUGCAGUACGCGAUGAUGCUUUCGAUGGAAGAGGCAAAUGCGUCUGGCAGCGGGAUCGGAUCGGGAUCGGCAAGGGGAGUGGGGUAUGGAGCAGGGGGAGGUCCGAUGGAUGACGAGGAUGAAGAGGGGGGAGUGGAGAGCGAUGGUGAAGCGGAAGCGCUGGAGGCGGUGCGGAAGUUGGAGGAGGCGGAGAGGAAGGAGAGGGAGGAGGUGUUGGAGGUGGUCAGGCGGGCGGAGAUGAGGGGCGAGUAG